CGGGAGUAAAAUAGCUGCUCUCAGAAUGUGGUUUGAGUCGCUUUAUAAUAAAACAAGAAUUUCUUAAUUUCAAAAAGAAGCUCAUAGUUUAAAAAGAAAAUUUCAUUAAUUAUCAGUGUAAAUAUUAUUUUAUUUACCCAGUAACUGCUAUGCUUCCAUUAUCUUUGUUAAAAACAGCGCAGAACCACCCGAUGCUGGUGGAGCUGAAGAAUGGGGAAACGUACAACGGACAUUUGGUCAGCUGUGACAACUGGAUGAACAUUAAUUUAAGAGAAGUCAUCUGUACCUCUCGGGAUGGAGAUAAGUUUUGGAGGAUGCCUGAAUGCUACAUCAGAGGAAGCACUAUUAAAUACCUGCGAAUUCCUGAUGAGAUCAUUGAUAUGGUGAAAGAGGAAGUCGUUUCUAAGGGCCGCGGUAGAGGUGGCAUGCAGCAGAAUAAACAGCAGGGGAAGGGCCGAGGAGGCGGAGCUGGCCGAGGAGUGUUUGGUGGGCGUGGAAGAGGCAUGCCAGGCACUGGCCGUGGGCAGCAACAAGACAAAAAACCAGGAAAACCACAGGGUGUCAAAAACCAGCAGUAAAUACACUGUUUUCUUUUAUCAUCGUUAGAUCCUCUCAGCAGACGGAGCUGUCUAAAUUAUAGAUGUACUUGAUUUGAUAAAACGUUUCCUCCUGUAAUCUGAUUUUAUUGUGUCAGUUUGAAUUGGUGCAGACUGACCGUCACAUUGAACAGUCACAUUUUUAUGGCGAAUAUCUCUACAUUGUACAUGUGAUCUAGUUCAUUAGGUUUGACCUUCUUUUGAACAUUUCAGGAGGACAAAUGUAACAUUUGGAUAAUUUAGGUUAAACACAGUUAAAAAGACACCCAUGUAGUCACAGCUUUUCUUUUUACCUUGUUUUUUAUUGUCUGCUUUGUUUUUGGCAAAAUAUACUGUUUUGCUGUAAAUUAUGUGCAGUGGAUUUGUUAAUAAAUAUUUUUGUUAACUGCUAAA